AUGACAGGAAAUCAGAUUGGAAAAGGUGCCAUGCAACUGGCUGCUAUGUUGCAGAUCAUCUCUACUUUAGAAGAAAUAGACAUCUCAGAAUGUGAUUUGAUGAAUUUGUUGAACAUAAAUAUAAGCACAAAAUAAAGGUAAUUUACAUUUGAAUUAAAGUAGUUUUUUGCCAUCGUCCUUAAGUAAAACAGAAAAAUCAGUGCUAUUAAUUCUAGCCGACCUCAUCUUUUCAGUCUUCAAGAGGAAACAACAGUCCAUAUGGCACAGAUGCUGGUGGUGAAUGAGACACUGAGGGAGCUUCACUUGGGAAAACAUGACAUGACUGAUACUGUUGUGGAGAGACUGUGUGAAACACUGAAGUUAAACGUCUCUCUACGCUACAUGGAUCCUCACUGUAACGGGAUUACACAGGAUGGAGCCAAAUGCUUAUCAGAGGUUUUGAAACAAAAUCCCUUUUUGAAGAUUUUAGAUCUGUCUUCCAAUUGCAUUGAAGACCAUGGUGCGGUUUAUCUAAGUGAAGCUAUCAAGCUGCCACACCGCAAACGUAAACCUGUAUCCUUUGUAAGCAACAACAUUGGAAAGGAAGGUCUUAAGUCCUUCAUUGAGGCAAUGAAAGUGAAUUCCUGUCUCACACACAUUUACAUCUGGGGGAACAAAGUUGAGGAGCUAGUUUGCAUGGCUUUCUCUCAGCUCAUAAGCAGUGGGCGGCUGUUGGAGGAGCACACAGAUGUUUCUCACUAUGAGGUGGAUGAUUGUGUUUUUCUAGCUGAAGUAUCUCAUUGUUUAUGCAGGGACUAUUAUUGGACGUCCAGAUAUGGGGAAUAUAAAGACUCAAGUAAUUCAGCUCUGGCCCUGAUGGCAUCAGAUUCAUUGGCUCUACAGAUCCAUCCAGACUCACAUUCAUGAUUUUGUCCUGAAGU